AUGUCGCUCAGCCAUUCGCGGAGAUGCAUCGACCUCGCAGUGCGCGGUGCAAGACAUAACGCACAUCCCUGGCAAAGGCGGCCUCUGCUCGCUGGUCUCGUUCUACAAACACACCGCUGUUAUGCUUCGAAAGCGAAGGGCCGUGCUGGCAAACAAGAGGCGGAGGACACCCGAGACGUAGACGCGAUCAUGCGCGACUAUGAGGUACUCCGUAUGAUGGCGCAUAAGCUGCCUAUCGACCCAUGGGCGCAGCCAGUCCCGACAAUGGAUCUCCAUAUUCCGAGUCUUCGAUCGCGUAAGAAGGAUGCAACGUUGAUGGACCAUCUGUCUGCUACGGGCCAGACCUUGCGCAAUUGUGCAGCCAGUAACGACGUCCUAAACGCACGGUAUAGCUUGCGGCGGAUGGCCAAGGACAAGGGCUUUCCCGACACCAAGGUGAGGUCCGGAUGGUCAUGGAGAAUCUUCACAACACAGUCGACCAGCAACUCAGCGUGGAUCGCGUCCUUGCGCAAUAUUGCGUUAGACACGUACAAGCGCGUGAACCAGGCUCUCGCUGACCGAGACGAGAAGGUCAUCAAGCAGCUUGCUGUAGCGGACAUGCAGAGCCACUAUAUUCAGCUUGUACGCAGUCAGGAUGCCUCGCGCAUAUCCGUCUGGAAGUUCCACGGCGAGCGUUCGCCGUGUCGGGUUGAAGUUCCCGGCAAUGGUAGUCGGCUACUGGUCCAGGCUCUUGUAAGGUUCGAUACGCUUCAGAGUCUGGAGGUGUACUCAAAAAGGGGCACUUUGCUCCGCGGCCAGAACGAGCCGAAACCAGUCGUUGAGUAUCUGGUCUUACAAAAGCGGAUGUGGUACGACACACCUUGGACGAUCCGUGACCGUCUCUACGAGGGUGUAGACACAGAGUACGAGAGCAUAACGGCGUAA